AUGACAUUUAAAGACCAAUUGGACUUUGCAGGUGAAGAAGACUAUGACUUUAAGGCUUUAAAUUAUACACGAAGUUGGAUAAUUACAGGUUUUAUAAUUUUGGCAGUGGCCAUUGCUUUGGCUGCUGCUUCCGUCGCUCUACCAACAUUUGUUAUGAUUGCUCCAUCAGUGUUUGAUGCAUCCAAUGCCAAUGUAAACAAAGCUAGAAGUAUGGGUUAUACACAAGUAUGCUUUACAUCAGAUAACACAUGCCAGCAACGUGAUUCAAGUUAUGUAGAUGAAUAUUCAACUUUAAUGACAAAUCUACGUCUUGCCGAACUGGCUAUGCAUUCAAUAGCAAUAAUUAUCAUGUGUAUUUGUUUUAUCGCUGCCCUUGUAUUGAUAAUUGUUUGGUAUAAACAGAAUAGAGAUAAUAAGUGUUUCAGAAAUUGGCGAUUAAUUAUAGGUAUAUUUCUUAUGUUAGCUGGAUUUUGUCUUCAAAGUUCAAUAAUAAUGUUUCAUGUCGAACAAUUUGAAGAUAAAUACGGUAAAUCAUCUGGAUACCCAUAUGGAUUUAACCAAUGGUCUGAAAAACAACGAACAACAACAUCUAUUGAUUAUGGUUCUGGAUACAUUUUAUUAUGGCUUGCUACCAUUUUCUGUUUCAUAGCAGCUUGGAUAUUUCUAGGCACAUAUUGUUGUUGGACAUUAGAUGAUGUCGACAUAGAUGAUAACCCUAAUCCAACUUUACCAAGAUUUUCAACUGAUACCGGCAAUAUGAGCAAGCGUGGAACUGAAUCAUCAAUUAUGAAUCAAAAUGACUGA